GCGAGUGGCUGGAGAGCGGGCUUCGCGUGCCUCGCGCAGAAGAUCCCGAUAGGCUAUUGCGCGCGCCCGUCCUGGCGGACACGGGCCAGGAGCAAGCGGAAGGGCCGAGGGAACGCGGGGGGUGCUUUUGAGCACGGCCGUGUCUAUCAGUGCGGCCCACCCGAUCGGUAGCCGGCAGCCUCGCAGAUCGCCCGUGCUCUCAAUGCUGGUGUGUCCUUGCGAGCGCGCUCGCCCACAUGCGCGCCGCCCCGUCUGGGAAAACACGGUCGGGCGGAGGGGCGGAGGGCGAUAGGUUACGACGGGAGCAGGGGUGCGCCGGAGGACGCGUUCACGCACGAGUAUCUGGCCCGCGAUCGCGUCCGAUGGCGCGUCCAGGGGCAGAACAAGCAUUGCUCCUGCUGCAGCUGGCGCACUGCUGCAGUGAUCGCGCCUGCGGUCGAGCGAGGAGGUCAGCAUGAUUUGUACGGGCGCAUUUGCUUCCGCGACCCAGCGGACUAGGCUCGCAGACGCCCGCGUCGAUGGCCCUGUCGCGGAAGAAUCUGAUAUGCCGGAUGGGGCAGGCGCGAUCAGGCUCGCGGCGGGUGCCGGCGGUGUCCUGGGUCGGGUCGAGCUUCGAGCGCACCCACCGCACUCUGUCGAGUCUGGAGCUGGACGCUGCGCUGGGCCAGGACGCGCAACACAAACCUUGUCGCGUCCUCGACCACGGCCACGGCACGGGUCCGCCCCCGCGUCUGCCCCCGUCCCGCCCCCUCGUUCCGCGCACACGCACGCCCUGCUCGCGCUCGAGCACGAGCGCGAGGAUCACGAAGGCGUCCGAGGGCCCUACCCGGCGCUGCGGGCCCCCGCCGUCGAAGCCCUCCCAGGCCUGCUUCGCGGCUGCCGGCGCGGCCUAUGACGCCAGUGCGUCACGGCGUGCGCCUGUCAUGCAUUCAUCCCCAGACGCGGGCCCGCCAUUCAAUGCAGCGCGCGUGCGCACAGCAGGCAGUCACGGUGCCCAGUCCGGACUCCGCAAAGCCUCCUUGCCCUUCGCGCCUUCCCUCCGCAGGCGGCAGCCCCCUCGCGAUUGGCAGCUCGACUUUGCCCGCCCAGGGCGGCCCUCGCCCGGCGUCCUUCUGCCGACCGCGGCUCGCGAGCUGCCAAGCCCGACCGUCCGCAAAUGA